CGACGGCGGCGGGGUGUCCUGGGGGUCCCCGAGCGCCUGCCCCGGACCCAGCGCUGCGGCCGAGAGCCUGGGGAGCAGGGUCUCCGACGCGGAUCCCUGGGGAACACCCCCUUACUGCCCCAAGAUGCAGUCGCCCCCGCACCAGCCCCUGGGGAUAGCCCCCGACGCUGCUCUUUGGAUGCAGCCGCAGGCCUGCGCGGGGACGCAGCCGUCCCCAGAGCCCGCGAGCGCCGCUGUGCCCUGGACGCCGACGCCGCCUCCGCCCCCCGAGCUGGUGGCCGUGUACCAGGGGAUCUCUGUGCAGGAGUCCUGUCUGUCACUGGGGAGCCCACCCCUCCUGGCCCACCCUUCAUGCCAGAGACUCCAGCCUCACACCCCGUGGGGUUGCUGGGGCCGCAGUGCCGAGGUGCUGCCCAGCUCAGAGCCCCAGGGGCCCAGGCCCGCCGUCCAGCCCACUGAUGUGAGCCCGGCCCAACGCUCAGGCCUGCGGCUCAGCGGCUGCCCUGAACUUUGCCAAGAAGAUUUGGAGGGCACCCAUCUGGGCAUCUUCUACUAAUGGCUCUGUGGACACCCUUUUCAGCCUGAAGUCAGGCCCGUUGUGUGGACUGGUCAUGUGCUUCUUCGGAGCCUUUUAAAGCUUCCUUUUGCCAAGGAGCCCUUGUUCUGUGCAGUGCCUACCGAUGAAACAGUGUGGGAAAACACAUAAUGGGGGUCCUCCCUGGCCAAAGUGGGGGCCGUGGCAGUGCCCUCCACUGCCGGGCACUGCCCUGUGGAACCCUGUGUGCCACAGAGCACGGUCCAGGCGGCUCAGACCAGGGCACUGCUUGACCCCAGACAAGGCCAGGGUGGGACUGAUGGGGAGGCGAGUGGGAGCCAGGCCUGCGCCCUGCCUCUGCGUAACAGCUGGCCAGGAUCCUGUGUGCUUAGAGACGUUGUAAUUCUUUAAUAAAGCAAAAAUACACCUAGUAAAA